AUGAAUGAGGAAGGAGCGAUUGUCGAAAUUCUUAUUUCACACGGUAUAAAUAUCAACGAAAAAAAUAAUUUUGGACAAACAGCUCUUCAUGUUGCAACACUUAGUGGAUAUGAGGGAAUAGCCAAAUUCCUCAUUUCACAUGGAAUAAAUGUUAAUGAAAGAGAUAGAAGAGGAAGAACUGCUCAUGACAUUGAAUUAUUCCUGAAAAGACACUGA